AUGACUAUAGAAAUAAUGAAUGUAUGUGUGUGGUAUAGAUAUAUAAUAAUAUUUAUACUAAUUGGAAGUGUUAAAUGUGGAGAUCAAGAUCCUGAUGAAAUUUCUGGACCUGAUGAUGGAGAUGAUGAUAAUUUUGAUCUAAUUACAAAUGAAAUGGAAUCAUUAGUAACUGAAGAAGAUGAAACAAAUGAUGAACCUAAUGAUAAUAUUACAUCUUCAGAAGAAAUUCAAGAUAUUACACAACAAUUAUAUAAUCCUAAUGAUCAACAAACAGAAUAUUUACAAGGUGAACAACAAUCUCAUGUUUAUGAUUCUGUUUAUUAUGAUUCAUAUAAACCUAUAGAAUAUUUUUAUCAACCUAGUUUACAAUAUAAUCAACCUCCAUAUCAAUAUUAUACCUAUUACGACCAAAGUUAUGGAGGAUAUAGAUAUCAUCAAUAUCAUUAUGGGCUUGAUUCAUCUACGAAUUAUUACCAACUAUCAAGAUGGAAUUAUAAAUAUAAUACUGAAUAUUCAAAUUAUGAACAAAGUUAUUCAGGACCACAAACUAGUGAGACUAGUGAACCCACACAAGAAACCACACAAGAACCUACUAAAACAAUAAAGCCUAAAUAUAGUUAUAAAUAUAAUAGACCAACAAGACGUCAUCAACAUCAAGAUGAACCACCAUCACAAUAUGAACAACCUAUACACAUACUAAAACGACAAGAACCAACUCAACUAACUACAGAACCAGCUGAAUUAGAACCAGAAACUAUUCCAGUAGAAAUUGGAUCAGAUGAUGAAGAACCUCAAGAGGAACCUAGUGGACCUGGAGAUGGUGAUCAACCACCAAAGGGACCUGAAGAAGGAGCUGAAGGUGAUGAUGAGGAAGAAGAAGAUGAAGAUGUUAAAAGGUGUAAUACAAUAACACUUUUGAAGAUGAAUGAGGAAGGUGAAUUAGUUGAAAUGAUUAUGAAAGAAGAUUACAAAAUUACAUGGAUAGAUCAUAAUAUAACAAAAUAUAAAUUAUAUGUAGAAGUUGAAUUGAUACUUUGUGAUGAUGAAGUACUCUUUAGUCAUUAUUAUGGAAAAAAUUAUCCUUUAUCAAUGCUUCAUAAUAGAACAACAAAUACUUUUGUAUUAGAUCUUUAUAAUGUAUUUAUGUUAGUUAAAAAUUACAAAGGGAAAUGGAUAAAACGUACAAGACAUGUUCUAAAUUAUGUUAAACUUUAUACUAAAGAUUAUUAUGGUAAUGAUGUUUUAAUAACUAAAAAACAUUUUUAUCUUGAUCUAACAGAGAAAUGUUCGUUUAAAUAUUCAUUAAAGACAGGAGCAAGGUGUUGUAAAGUUAUGGUUAGAGAUCUAUUAGCAUGGGAAAAGGAUCCUGAAGAAGAAUUUCCAUUAUCAAUUUCUAUAACGAGAUUAAUGAAUGUGAUGGUAAAAUUUAAAAAUUAUAUUGUUGUAUAUGGGAAAAGAGGUGGUAAAUAUAAAUUAGUAUAUUCUAAGUAUAUAUAA